GGCCAUCGAGCGUCGCAUGGACUGCGCACCACGCUCAUUAUCAUGAACAGCAUCGCCAGUAUGCGUGCCUUGCGCCUGCGGCCCUCGAUAGCUCGGAGCCGCCUGUCCCACCGCCCGUUCCACCCCUCGACGCGACAUGCUACAACCUCGACCUCAACCUCGGCCACGGCCACGGCCACGCAGGCCGCUACAAACGUUCGGUCGACUGGCACCCGUGCAAAGAACUUUCUAUAUGGCUCGCUGAUUGCCAUCGGAGGCUCUUUCGGCUAUCUCUACGUCACCGAUACGCGUGCCAGCAUCCACGAAUGGCUGCUUGUGCCUGCACUGCGGCUCAUCUACCCCGAUGGCGAGGAGGCCCAUCAUGCCGGCACUCAGAUGCUCAAGGUCCUGCAUAGUUUCGGCAUGAACCCCCGCGAGCGUGGUGUCGCCGACUCGCAGGGCGAUCUGGCCGUCGAGGUCUUUGGGUACACGUUGAACAACCCCAUCGGGACAUCUGCUGGAAUUGACAAGGGUGCCGAGGUCCCCACACCGCUGUUCGACCUGGGUGCAGGCGUUGUCGAAGUCGGAGCAAUCACACUGUUGCCGCAAGAAGGCAACCCAAAGCCGCGUGUGUUUAGGAUCCCCAGCCAGAACGCCCUAAUCAACCGUUAUGGAUUCAAUUCCGAGGGUGCAGAGCUGGUAGCUUCCAGGCUGCGGCAACGCGUGCGCGAGUUUGCCUACCACGCCGGCCUUGGACUGGGCGAGGAUGCCGAACAGCGAGUGCUGGAUGGCGAAGCUGGUGUGCCGCCUGGUUCGCUGCACAAGGGACGACUCAUGGCUGUACAGGUCGCCAAGAACAAGACGACCUCUGAAAACGACAUUGACGCCGUUGUGCGUGAUUAUGCGACUGCUGUGGGUUAUGUCGGAAAGUAUGCAGACAUUCUUGUAGUCAACGUCUCGUCGCCCAACACGCCCGGUCUCCGCACCCUCCAGAAUGUCGAACCUUUGACAAGACUCCUUUCAGGUGUUGUCAGCGCCGUCAAGAACAUUGACCGUAAGACUAAGCCUGCCGUCAUGGUCAAGGUCAGCCCCGACGAGGAUUCAGAGGAGCAGAUUGCCGGCAUUUGUGAGGCUGUGUGGUACUCUGGUGUGGAUGGUGUCAUUGUUGGUAACACGACGAAGAAACGACCAGACCCGCUUCCCAAGGGCUACCUCCUCUCACAGUCAGAGGCCAAGAUCCUCCUCGAACAAGGUGGAUACUCUGGGCCACAGAUGUUUGAGCGCACACUGGCCCUGGUAAGCAAGUACCGCAAGGCGCUUGACGAAGGCCCAAAGCAGAUUGCACUGCCUGCAGAAUCCGAAGACACGAAGCCUCUUGCUGGCCAAACCACGGGUGACGAGCCUUCACCCAGCAUUCUAGAGAAACUUGAGUCCUCAGUCUCCACCGAGUCGUCCGACACCAAGGCCACACUCGAUAUCGAUCAGCCCGCACCCGCACCCGCAUCCUCUGACUUUGACGACAUUUCCAAAUCUGCACCAACUAUCACCCUGCAUUCCACACCAAAGGUUGCGCCUGCACCUGACGCGCCACGCAAGGUCAUCUUUGCCACGGGAGGUAUUACCAAUGGCCGACAAGCACGAGAGGUUCUCAAUGCCGGAGCAAGCGUCGCACAAGUGUACACAGCCAUGGUCUAUGGAGGUGCAGGCACAAUCAGCAGGAUCAAGCAGGAGAUGAGGGACGAUGCCAAGGCUCAAAAGACCAUUACCAAGUCGUAGCGUAGACAAAAGGAUAUAGACUGGAGUUGACUUUUACACGGGCGUCAAAUUCAAGCACAUUUCUAGCGAGGCUGGUGAUAAACCUGUGUCGAAUGGGUGCACUGACAUGAAUUUU